ACGCGUCCUCUCACUUCAACUCCCAGACAGGCAGGCACACUCACCUCAACACAGAGGCUCCAGAACGUCUUAAACUGCACCGCCUAUUCUCGGAUUUGCAGCGGAUAUGCGACGAGGCUUCAGAACUGUACUUCCAAAUCGAUUGCCCUGAACAACAUACGAUCCACCAUGGCGUCGCGCUUCAUCCAUUCUUCUGCCGCUAAAUUUUCUUCCUCCAGAUUCUCCUUGCCUACCAGGUUCUCCAGUGUUCAUGGUGAGAGGCCAACAGCUGAGUAUGCAAAGAGGAGGAAAGAGUCUUUAGAAAGUGAAUUUGGACAUGCACUUGCUUACAAAUCAAAAAGUCUUUCAUUAUUAUACCAUUUUGGCCCAUUCCUGGCUCUGUACAGAGCAGCUAUUAUCUCAGUCCAUGUGUUUAAGAUGUCCAUAUGGCAAUUUUUUGUGCACGACAUAAAAAAGCGAGCUAUUAAGUUUCGUCAAACACUUAUCCGUCUGGGGCCUUUCUAUGUCAAGCUAGGGCAAGCUCUGAGCACAAGGCCAGAUAUACUGCCAACAGUAUAUUGCCAAGAACUUGCUAAGUUACAGGAUCAAAUCCCCCCAUUUGCAACACGUGUUGCAAUUAAAUCAAUUGAGACCCAAUUAGGUCUCCCCAUUACUAAGAUUUUUGCUGAUAUUAGUGGGGAGCCUAUUGCAGCAGCAUCCCUUGGGCAAGUGUACAAAGCUCACUUGCACACUGGAGAGCUGGUAGCUGUUAAAGUUCAGAGGCCUGGUAUGUCACAUUUGUUGACACUUGAUGCCAUGUUAUUUCACAUGAUUGGGGGCCAAUUAAAAAGAUUUGCCAAGGCUCGUAAGGAUCUCUUAGUAGCCGUGAAUGAGAUGGUAAGGCAUAUGUUUGAAGAGAUUGACUAUAUCCUGGAGGCCCAAAAUGCAGAUCGUUUUGCAUCUCUUUAUGCUUCCAAUUCUAUUGAAAAUACCAGCCGAGGAAGUGCAGCUGGUGGUAACACAGCAAAUAUGAAUGUGAAUGGCAUUAAGGUUCCCAAAAUAUACUGGAAUCUUACUCGUAAAGAAGUUCUUACAAUGGAAUGGAUUGAUGGAAUAAAACUUACAGAUGAAAGUCGUUUGAACAAGGCCAAUUUAAAUAGGAAAAAACUUAUUGACCUGGGACUAUAUUGCUCUUUGAUGCAGAUGCUGGAGGUGGGGUUUUUCCAUGCUGAUCCUCAUCCAGGCAACCUUGUUGCUACUGAUGAUGGAGCUCUUGCUUACUUUGACUUUGGAAUGAUGGGAGAUAUUCCACGUCACUACCGUGUUGGACUUAUAAGAGUGCUAGUGCAUUUUGUAAAUCGAGACUCCAUAAGUUUGGCAAAUGAUUUCCUUUCUCUCGGUUUCAUCCCUGAAGGGGUUGACUUACAAUCAGUUGCAGAUGCACUGCAAACAUCAUUUGGUGAUGGAAGACAAUCCCAGGAUUUCCAGGGCAUAAUGAAUCAGUUAUAUGAUGUUAUGUAUGAGUUCAACUUCUCUCUUCCUCCGGACUAUGCAUUGGUGAUACGAGCUCUAGGCUCACUUGAAGGAACAGCAAAAACAUUGGAUCCUGAAUUCAAAGUUGUGGAGAGUGCAUAUCCUUUUGUCAUUGGGAGGCUUUUAGCGGACCCAAGUCCUGAUAUGAGGAGAAUAUUGAGAGAACUAAUCAUCCGUAAUGAUGGAUCACUUAGGUGGAAUCGGCUGGAAAGACUGAUUGCAGCAAUAUCUCAACAGGGAGCUGCAAAAGAUGGAGAAACUCAGCAGAUUUACUCAAAUCCAUUGGAACAGUCUUUUGACAUGCCUGUUGUAGUUGCUGCUACUGAGGAUCUUUUCACAUUUAUUUUGUCAGAAAAAGGUUCCAGAGUGCGUGUGUUCCUUGUCAGGGACAUAAUCGCAGCAGCUGAUGUGUUUCUUCAAGAUGAAGUUCUCAAUGAUCUUUUCAGUGAGAAGCCUCAGCCAAGGAAUAGAUUGAAGUCUGAGGGACAUGCAAUGCUAAUGAGGGUGGUGAAAGGAUUUCAAUCUAUGGGACACGCAGUGAAAUUGGCUCCAGAUAUUUGGAUGGCCUUGCUAGUUCGCUUGGCUGUAAAAUCAGAGUUCCAAGUAUUCACUAUGGAUAUCAUAUCAGCAUUGACGGAUCACUCCAGCAAAAAAAUACCAGAUGCUUUUUGGAUUCUUAUUUCGAAACUUAUUCAUAAGUCCACUGCAAAACACUGAUCUGUUAAUAUUCUUUCUUUUCAUUAUUCUCCCGAAUCCUCCAUAGUUUAUAUUAGUCAAGCGUAGAAUUAUAGGAAACUUAAUUUGUUUAAACGUUUUUGUCAAUGUGAAAUCAUAAAGAACAGAUCCAAUUUGAUAAUGCAGGAGGUAGGUAACUCCAGAAGUUCUCUCAGCUUUUGCACUUUGAAAAUUGAAAUUGAAGGCUACUUGGAAAUGUGUACAGGUAAAACAGGUUGGAGACCCGAGCUCAUUAAAGACGCCUGCUUUUAUUGCGUAUAUUGUUAACUGCCAACGCUGUAGGGUUGAAGUUCUGCAUCAAUUAAUAUGGUUUUGUCAAA